CCACCCGCCCCCUUUCUGGACAAUUUUUAAAACACGACUAAUAGCACGUAGGCACACAACUCCUGAUCAUGUAAGGAGUUGUUCUCAUUCAUUGAUCAGUUACUGCUGUCAUUUCACUGAAGACUCAAGAACUUAGUGGUUACUUUUGCAAAUGGCGUCCAUCGUUCUCUUAACGGCAAAGCAAACGGCUCAGACCAGAGCAAAGCGGUGUUUGGGUCCACGCUUAAAGGGUCUCGCGGGUGCAGGUGGCCCGUCGGGGACUUUUCUUCCGGGGAAGGAAUGGCUUUCCAGCGGCUUUAGCUUACGGUUCAUGUCCCAUGGGGCCUCUGGCCGGUCAGCUGCCGGGGCGACCAGCAGGGGAGCCCUGGCGUUCAGUGGCGCCGCGGCGGUCACAGCAGCAGCGGCGGCGGUGGUGGGCUUUCUGGCCAACUCUAACCACUUCCAGCGGGCGGAGAUGGCCACCAAGAUCCCCGGGCACGCGAAGAAAAACCCGGAGAAGGAAGACGAGGGGAGCAUUGCGGAAAGAUGCCGCGGCUUCAUGUCUGUCCCGGUGACCGACAUCAGCGUGCUGGAGAGGAGGAAGGAUGAGAUGAGCACCAGGAUGGAGAUGCUGAUCAUGGAGACGCAGGCUGACUUCUGUAAAGCCCUGGAGAAAGUGGACGGGGGGACGUUCAAGGUGGACAAAUGGGAGAGGAAGGAAGGCGGAGGAGGGAUCAGCUGCGUGAUGCAGGACGGGAAAGUGUUCGAGAAGGCGGGGGUCAACGUGUCGGUGGUGUCCGGGUACCUGACCGAGGAGGCGGCCAAACAGAUGAGGAGCAGAGGAAAAGUCCUGAAGGGAAAAGACGGUAAGCUGCCGUUUUGUGCCAUGGGCGUGAGCUCCGUCAUCCACCCCAAGAACCCCCACAUACCCACGGUGCACUUCAACUACAGAUACUUUGAAAUCGAGGAGGAGGACGGCUCCAAGCAGUGGUGGUUCGGCGGAGGGACCGACCUCACCCCAGUGUAUAUCGAUAAAGAAGAUGCCUUUCACUUCCACAACACCCUGAAGGAGGCCUGUGACAAACACCACCCCAAGUACUACGCAGACUUCAAGAAAUGGUGUGACAGGUACUUCUACGUGCGGCACAGGGGAGAGACUCGGGGUAUAGGGGGCAUCUUCUUCGACGACCUGGACGCCCCCGAUCGGGAGGAGGUGUUCGACUUCGUCAAGAGCUGCGCCCGAACCGUGGUGCCCUGUUACCUUCCCAUCGUGAAGAAGCAUCUCAACGACUCCUUCACUCAGGAGGAGAAGGACUGGCAGCAGGUGCGACGCGGGAGAUACGUGGAGUUUAACCUGGUGUACGACAGGGGAGUGAAGUUCGGCCUCGCCACGCCUGGCUCCAGAAUCGAGAGCAUCCUCAUGUCCCUGCCCCUCACGGCCAGGUGGGAGUACAUGCACGAGCCUGCCAAAGGUUCCCGGGAGGCCGAGAUGCUGGAGGCGCUCCGAAACCCAAAGGAGUGGGUGUGACCACCGCGGUUUCACACCACCAACCACCUUCAUAGUGUUUUUCUAAAGCUGUGACCUGUUUUACAAGAGCUGCGUUGACGAGGAAAUAUCAGGUUUCGUCAGUUGUCUGGGGACUUUUUAAUUUGCACUGCUAAUUUUCCUUUCGUCCAGAUUUGUCCAAAUCAACCUUGUUGAAAGCUUUAAAAAAAAAAACCAGGUUUGUAAUAACUGAGCGUUGUGCCAUUUGUCUCUUCCUGGUAGAAUCAAGAUCAUAUAAAUUACCUUCACAGAUCACCUUCUUUUAAUCAUCUCACUCUGUUUACUCACUAUAAUGAGCAAAAUUGCAUUUCCAUUCAUGUAAUAAAUAUCGCUUUCUGUAUUUUUAUGUUGCAAAUGACCUGAAUUGUUCUUUUUUUUUUUAAUGAAGCACUGAAAAGGAUACAGACAAACUGAAUGUAUUUGAUUUUAACACUGAUGACCCAGUAACAAUAAAUCUGAGUUUGAUAAUCAUUUUAA